AUGAACUAUUACGCAUGGCCACGUGGUCUAACUGCCGAUUCCCAAACAUUGUCCAUCAACCGACUUCGCUCGCCGUCACCACAAAUCUCAAGCAUGGGCGAUACCCCAGUGGCUGGCGGAAGUGCCCGCGGUAGCGGACCAGAGGGUAACCCCGGGCACGACGAUGAGACUCAGUUGAACAACGGCUAUUACCGAGACGGCGCCUCUCUGAUUCUAGCCUAUUUCAACUGCGAUCUAACUAAGGACUUCUACAAGGAGAUUCCCCUGCACAGCCACCCUGGAAACCCGACACCUCACGGGAAGUCCGAGGUGAUGAAUCCGAACGAGCCCGAUAACCCGUGGAUACUGAGCCAUCCGCAGGCUUUUAACCUCGCCAACGAGCCGCACGGGCGUUUCAACUUUGAGCGCGUCGAGACAGCGUGCAUAGGCAAGUUCUCACUUUAUGUGGAUGUUGUGUAUGAAUACAGCACCUUGGCCCGUUCGUUGAGUCUCUCCCAGGACGGAGACGCACAAUUUGCCAUCCGCGACGACGAAGGUAGAAUCGAAGCUUUCGUCCGAGACUUCCCCGGGUUCUCAGAAUACGAAGUGACCGUUCAAGAUCUUCUUAUGGACGAAGUUCUCAUAAGACAAAUGCCUGAAUUCAUGGUAUGGUUGGCGUACGGGCCGAAGCAUUGUGCCCAUGUCACCAUCAGGACCGAACAGGCAGACUUAUAUAAGAGGUGGCUGAUCAGACACAGCGGCUGGAUGCAACUCCGAAGGGCGCAAAGUAUCUGGGAUGUCCAGUGGGGCAAGGUUUACGGUCCAAUACCCAGCGCCGGCUAG